AUGAAAUUUGUGCAGGAAAAUAUUUUUUCGAGAUUUGGAUGUCCUAGAGUGAUUAUUAGUGAUGGAGGAACACAUUUUACAAAUAAACAUUUCAGAGAAUUGUUGAAAAAGAAUGGAGUACACCAUAGAGUAGCCACUCCAUAUCAUCUCCAAACAAAUGGGCAAGCUGAAGUAGCAAAUAGGGAAAUUCAAAGAAUUUUGAGAAAAAUAGUCAAACUAGAUAGGAAAGAUUGGCCCACGAAAUUACAAGAUGCAUUAUGGGCUUAUAGAAUAGCUUAUAAAAAUCCCAUAGGUAUGUCCCCAUUUCGCCUCAUUUUUGGAAAGCCAUGCCAUCUUCUUGUGGAAAUAGAGCAUAAAGUAUUAUGGGCUAUAAAAAAUUUAUGUAUGGAUGAAAAAUCAGCUGGUGGGAAUAGAAUUUUUCAGCUACAUGAACUAGAGAAGUUGAGGAAUGAAGCUUAUGAAAAUCAUAGAAUAUAUAAAGAAAAAAACUAA